UUAAUCACAAUAUUCUUUGUUAUAUACUAUAUGUGACAACAGAGUUAGCUUUUUUUUCCCAGAAAAAAAAAAUAGUGGAAUAGAUUAAUUCUAUUUACAGCAACCUCUAAAUGAUUAGAUAAUUAUUAAAUAUUGCAGGAUAAUUUGUGAACUGUCAUAUGCAUUUAGGUCUACGAACCUAAUCUUGAGGUUGAGUUUUAAAAGUUGUGGGAAUUUGAUUUGUAAUCACACUUAGCAAAAUAUAAAUUCGCCACCAGGGUUUAGCAAAUAAAUUAUAGGUUAAAUUAUCCACUAGAUAAUUACUACAGUGUUAAAUAUGGUUCAGCUAGCAACAAGUUAUUCAACAUUAAUUGGUGCAGUAAGUAGGUUCUCAUUUCUUAAACCACAAUGUCAGUAGACUUAUCCUGUGUUUGUGCCAAAGAAGUUACUCUGUUUCAGAAGGGUCAAAGUAUUGUCCUGCAUCAAGAACAGAAAACAACUAAGGAGACUGGUAAAAAUACUAAGCAUGUGGGCUAAGAAAUAUAAAACACAUUAUUAAAACCUGGAAGGAUGGUAGUGAACCCUUAUCUUCAAGGAAGUAAUGUGGUCAUAAGAAACUGAUCACCUAAAAGUUUGGUAAAAUCAGAUUAUAAUACAACAACUCUAGAAUUUACGGCUAUGAUUAAUAAUAAAAGUUAUAGCAUUUCCACAUGCACAGUGCAAAGAGAACUGAAGGGAUCUGGCUUAAACAGAUGUGUAUCCUUUAGAAAACCAGUUAUCAGUAAGUGGUAUGAAAGAAAGAUUCAGUUUGCUGGGGGGCAUAAAGAAUAGACUGUGGAGCAUUGGAAAAAGGUCAUGUCGGAUGAUGACAAGGGUUGAUGAGUCAAGAUUUACCCUGUUCCAGUGUGAUGGAAACAUUAAGCUUAUGGCAUAUAAGUCUUUAAGAGAAGAAGGCAAAAAUAUCAGAGUGAAGUUGAAUAAGUUGUACUCACAACAGAGUUUCUUGGAGGAGGAAUAUUAUUGUCGUGCACUGAGACUCCCCAACAGAACACAUCCAGAUGUGCCGAUUGGAGAUGAGAGCCAGGCGAAGGUGGUUGAAAUGGUUGGGCAUAAAGCUGAGUUUGAAUUCAAAGUCCAAGGACACCUUGAAAUUGGAGAAAAUCUGGAUAUCAUAAGGCAACGACGACUUGCUCACGUCUCAGGUCACAGAUCAUACUACUUAAGGGGAGCAGGAGCCCAGCUUCAGACUGCAUUACAGAACUUUGCUCUUGACUUUCUUCAGAAAAGGGGGUUUAUCCCAAUGGUUGUUCCAGACAUACUGAAAGGAGUUGUCUUUGAGGGCUGUGGGAUGCAGCCAUAUGCUCACCGCUCCCAGGUUUAUUCUCUUGACCCAAGCCGAUUUCCUAACCUUAAUCUUGCUGGGACGGGUGAAGUCGGCAUUGCAGGUUACUUUAUGGACCAUGCUGUGAAUUUAAAAGACCUUCCAGUAAGGACAGUCUGCAGUAGCACAUGUUACCGAGCAGAAACUGAUACAGGCAGGGAAGCCUGGGGUCUCUACAGAGUUCAUCACUUUAACAAGGUGGAGAUGUUUGGUGUAACAGCGGAUGAAACCGGUCACGAGAGUUCCCAGUUGUUAGAUGAGUUUGUGUUGUUGCAGAAGGAGAUAUUUUCUUCACUCAAGCUUCAUUUCAGAGUUUUGGACAUGCCCACUCAGGAGCUUGGAGCACCAGCCUUUAGGAAGUAUGACAUUGAAGCCUGGAUGCCAGGCCGUGAAAGUUAUGGUGAGAUCUCCAGUGCAUCUAACUGCACUGACUACCAGAGUCGGCGACUGAACAUUCUCUAUGAGAGAAAUGAUGGCAGUUAUAAGUAUGCACACACAGUGAAUGCUACAGCUUGUGCUAUUCCACGCACCAUUAUUGCACUUUUGGAAACUCAUCAAACAAAAGAAGGAACUGUACAUGUUCCAGAAGUUUUGCAGCCCUACCUGGGCUUAGACGUGAUUAAAAAGCCUUUAUACACUCCACUGAAAUACAUCGGACCAAAUCAGCCCAACCGUACAUCUCAUUCGAUUAGAAGUUCCAACUAACAUUAAUUUUACAAUAAUGUUAAUGUGCUCAUUUUAAAUAUAUAUAUUUAAAAGCCACAAUAAAGGCUUUUUCAUACAACAGGUAA